AAAUGGUGGAAAUUGUAAAAAAUGUUGGUUUGGAACGCCUGAAAAAAUUGGAAUGGCACAAAAUAUUCAAUAUGUUUUAUAUAGAACCCAUCGUUUUUGCUCUUGUGUUUUCUAUGAGCUUAUCGGGUACCAUAAUGAAAAAUCAGGUGCUCUUUCAAGCUUGUACCGUGGUCUUUGACUAUAAUGAAACCGAUUGCAAGCAACUGGGAACCAAAAAUGUCAGUGAACGUUUGAACAAAAUUGAAUCGGAGGUGCAACAGUAUGUUGCAGACUUAUUCAUGAUGCGUACAUUGCUUGAAAGUAUUGUUCCAGCUAUUUGCGGCAUUUUUAUUGGUUCUUGGUCUGAUCAAUAUGGACGAAAACCCUUACUGAUAAUAGCAAUGAUAGGAUUUUCUUGCACAUUUAUUAUAACAGCCAUUAUAUGCGAAAUAUCUUCGUAUUAUCCAGUAAAUCCAUGGUACUACAUUUUAGCUGCAAUGCCUCACUCAUUCUUAGGAGGAAACUGUGUUCUUAUGGUAGCAGGAUUCUGUUUUAUAUCUGAUGUCACUGAUACAAAGACAAGACCCUACAGAAUGAUCUUUAUAGAAGUGUACUUAUUUAUUGGUUUUACUACUGGUGCCUUACUUUCAAGUUAUUUAUAUGAAGCAACAAGUGCAACCACAGUAUUCUCGGUAUCUGCAUUUUUUAUGACUAGUGCAACGGUCUUUGUAAUUUUCUUUGUACCAGAAAGUUUACACUAUAAGGUGGAUAACGACGACAAUGAAAAAGAUAUAGAAAACAAAACCAAUGAUAUGCAGUUGAGUUGUGAUAAAACGAAAUCUACUUGUGGUAAUAUAGAAGCUGUAUUUACUCCAAAUUUGGAGAGUACAAAAAAAGUUGAAAGUAACGAAAAACCCAUAGAGGAAGAAAAACCUAAAGGCAACAAAUUUUCUAAUAUAUUCAGUUAUCAGCAUAUUAAGGAUAUGAUAAACACUUCUUUUAAGAAACGUCCUUGCUAUGAUCGCUGUAUUAUUUGGCUUCUGACUAGUGUACUUUUUGUUGGUAUUUUUAUAUUUGAUGGCGCUAUGACCGUGUUCUAUUUGUUUGUGAGGGAAAAGUUUCAUUGGACUGUACGUGAAUUUACAUUUUAUGAAACUGUUAGUCAUAUGACACCAAUGUUUGGAGCUCUGGUUGGGUUUCUUAUAUUAAGAAAGGUUUUCAAAAUGUCAAUCGUUGCAGUGGCUAUAGUGUCAUAUGUAAGUGACAUAGCUGCAAGUUUUGCAAGAGGUUUUGCUAGCGAACCUUGGCAUCUAUAUUUGGCUACCGCAUUAGGUUCCUUUAGAUCUGUGGGUCCACCAAUGUGUCGUACAAUUGUUUCAAAUAUAGUGCCUGCAACUGAUUUAGGCAAAAUAUUUUCUAUUAAAAAUGUAUUACAAUCCGUAGCACCUUUUCUAGCUGCUCCUUUAUAUACUUUUAUUUAUAAACAGUCUCUAUCAACUUUCCCAGGUCUAUUUAAUUUGGUGAGCGCUGGAUUUUAUGGAAUUGCAUUGGUAUGUUGUAUUGUUGUUCUACGGUUUAAGUAUACUCAUAAGGAACACUAUGCAAAAAUAUUGAAAUAAAUACUAAAUGGGAUAGAAAAAAUAUUUG